AGAUUUCUAUUGACAUCACAGCUGUUCGUUUCGUGUGGUCUGUCUUGCUAGGGAAAAUUGUAAUAAUUAAUCAGAAAGUGAGUUAUAUUUAGUAUUAUUCGUGGAUUUAUCAUCAAUCUAAGUAAAAUUAAAUCAAAUUGAACAUUGUUUUAUAGUUCAGUGUCUUCACGCCAGGUACAAUCUUAUGUAGACAGUAUUGCUUAGAUCAUCUGUCUAUUUUAUCGAAAGAAUAUGCCUCUUUUUGGUAAGUCUCAAAAGAGCCCAGCGGAGCUUGUGAGAUCAUUGAAAGAUGCAGUUACUGCUUUAGAAAGGGGUGAUAAGAAAGCCGAAAAAGCUCAAGAAGAUGUAAGCAAAAAUCUGGUUUUGAUAAAGAACAUGCUAUAUGGCACUUCCGACGCCGAACCACAAACGGAUAUCAUAGUAGCACAGUUAGCUCAGGAACUGUACAACACUAACUUGCUCCUACUUCUCAUCCAGAAUCUAAACCGCAUUGACUUUGAAGGCAAGAAGGAUGUUGCCCAAGUGUUCAACAAUGUGCUUAGACGUCAGAUUGGUACCAGAUCUCCCACAGUUGAGUACAUAUGCACCAAGCCUGAGAUACUGUUUACUUUGAUGUCUGGGUAUGAACAUCAGGAGAUAGCAUCCAACUGUGGAACAAUGCUACGAGAGUGUGCCCGAUAUGAGGCUUUGGCUAAAAUAAUGUUGUAUUCAGAUGAUUUUUACAAUUUCUUCCGUUAUGUAGAAGUUUCCACUUUUGAUAUUGCCUCAGAUGCCUUUUCUACUUUUAAGGAAUUGCUAACGCGACAUAAAAUGUUGUGUGCUGAGUUUCUAGAAACAAACUAUGAUAAAGUGUUCAGUCAUUAUCAGCGACUGCUCAAUUCUGAGAACUAUGUAACUCGACGGCAGAGCCUGAAGCUGUUGGGAGAACUGUUACUGGACCGCCACAACUUCUCUAUAAUGACACGUUACAUCACCAACCCUGAUAAUCUUAAGCUUAUGAUGAAUAUGCUGAAAGAGAAGUCACGUAACAUUCAGUUUGAGGCUUUCCAUGUUUUUAAGGUAUUUGUAGCCAACCCUAAUAAACCUAAACCAAUAUUGGAUAUUUUGCUAAGGAAUCAAGACAAAUUGGUAGACUUCCUCACCAAAUUCCACACAGAUCGUUCUGAGGAUGAGCAGUUCAAUGAUGAGAAGGCUUACCUUAUAAAGCAAAUUAAAGAACUCAAGCCUUCGGAACACUAACACUUAUUGCAUUUCAUUAAAUCGCCACUUCCUCCUCAGAAAGAAGUUAGUUAUAGAUGCUAUUAUAUUUAAAUGCUUCUAAGUCACCAGAGGGUGUUGUGCGGCGCCGCUAUGACACAAGGUUCAGUAAUAAACAUUGGAAAUCUAAAUAGAUUUUACAUUUGGUCUGUGAUGAGUCAGGGAAAGUAUAUUUGUGCUACGAGCAAAUUAACAUUUUUAAUAAACAAUUGUAGGAAUUAGUGUUACUUAUGGUUUGACUUAUAUCUUUUGUAAGUUGUUAAAACCAUUUUUAGUUUUUAUGACGUGUUUAGUGACAGCUUCGGAGUCACAAUCGAAAUAUUUAUCUUUAUAUUUUGUCACAUUAGUCUGCAAGUUCCCUAAGUUUUUAUAUUAUCUUCGGUUAAUGACUAAAAUAAUACAGGUAAACAUGAUCUUUGAAGGAGAUUUGUAUAUAUGACAUUUUAAAUUGGAGCGUUUUGUAAUGUUUAUUUUUUGUAUUUAAAUCAAUAUCAGAAGUAUAAAUUGUUGAACAUGAAGGAAAAUAUAUUUUAUAUUGUAUAUGUAUAUCAUUCUUAUCAGUAUUGGUUUUAAUUACAUCAAGAAAUAUUAUCAUUAUUUACUUUGAACAUUAAACUAUACUCUUAUUGUCUUUAACUCAUUUGUUUCAUGUCUAGUAUUAAUUCAUUUGAUUUAAUACAUGUUCGCUAAAUUUACACAGGUAUAUUUUUAUUGAAUAAUAUUUAUAGAUAGGUAACAUAAGUUUUCAAAAUUUCUGUAUCAUAUUUUAAUGUAUAAUUAUUAUUUUGUCAGCAUCAUUAAUGCAAUUACAUUCUAUAGAAACGGAAUAAAUACAAUAUUUAUAUCAUUCUCA